AGGAGCUUAUGAUAUUGAAGUGAAGCUAUGAGAAGGCUGCGUUCAUUUUCCUUAGUUUGAGGUUCCACGUGAAGUAAGCGGGCAACCAGCUGCAUAUUGAUUGUUUUAAUUAUAAGUCUAGAAGGGUAACUCGGUGAAUAUCAUCAGAAUAUUGCAGAAUGGAUUCAUCAGCAUAUACAGACCGGGAGCCGAGUGAUGAGUACUCUCAGCUCUCCAAGUCUAUAGCUGCAGACCUACAGAAGGCUGGACAGCUAAUUCGGCAACUACAAUCGGCUUCUAACAGUCCCAAUGAAUCAGCCGCUUCAAUCAUGCGUCGUUUCAAAGAAGUAGAAACUCUCGUCAAAGAUGUCGCUGAACGAAUGAAGCGACUUCGCAACACAGUACCCCCGAUUGGUCGUCAAGAGAGAGCGAAAAUGGAGCGACAAAGACUCCAAGACAAUCUUCUUGAGAUCCUCACCCAACUGAAGGAUACAGACAAGCAGAUCACAGGCGAAAUGAAGAAGCGAAACGAGGCCGAGAAGCAGAAGUUGGGAUCAAUGCAGAAUAGAAAUUCGGAUCUGCUGGAUGUGAACAGUAGUCCAGGAGUUGGAACUGGAGACCCCACUGCGUUUUUCGGAUCAUCAGAAACUCAGAGCGCUACAAUGGUUGAUCCUCUUCAUCAGGUGCAGCUGCAGCAGCAACAGGUGGAGUAUGAGCAGACGUUGGAGCAGAUCAGAGAGAGGGACAGUGCGAUGCAGGAGUUGGAACAGGGCGUGACACAGGUGAACGAGAUAUUCAAGGACAUGGCCCAACUCAUACACGACCAGGGAGAUGUAAUAGAUAACAUUGAGACACAAAUCGACAAGGCGGAGUCGAGUGCUCGCUCUGGCACGCAGCACUUGGGCACUGCAGUCAAACACCAGAAGAGAGGCACCCGAACCAAACUCAUCAUCUUUGGUGUCCUUGGGGCCAUCGCAUUCUUCAUAAUCCUCAUUGUGGUCUUGAAGCUAAAGGACUAAUUUUGGCUUCUUAAUUUUGAAAAUUAGCAAAUCUUUCCUAUUAUAGCCCCUCAGCUAAUUAUAACCCCCUCACCCUCACCCCAAUAAAAAAAGUGUUGUGGGUGGUUCUUAUUUUUGCUCGUUUCAAGGCUUGGUGUCUAUAAUGGGAAAGAGACGAAUAAACAUCUCUGCAGUGACCAUCCUUUCCUGAAGCAUUACUGAUACUAAAUUUUAUUUCGAUGUCGAAUCGGUCAUUUAAAAAGCCCUUGAAACCCAGGUUUUGGCUUUUGAUUGCUUUGUUCGAGUUUGGCAGUAUGAACAAACGGCGAAAAAUAGCUCGAGAUAUGGAUGAACUUUGAGUAUGCCUUCUCGUAGGAAUCUCAAAUUUACUCAUAUUUUCAGCGCUGGCCGUUUCAGUGCCGCUGACUAAAUAAAAGAAUUCUGCAUGCACCAUUUUUUCUUGCAAACAUAAUUAGAAGGAAAGUGAUGGUUCAAUGAGGAUGCUCUUGUUAAAGUUGGCUUGCACUAUUCCGUCUAUAUUGUCUACUGAAUAUAAUACAUGAGAUGACUGCCCUCGAAUGUUUGCUUGCAUAGUUGAUAAUGUUGAUACUAUUUAUCGCUCUCAUUUAAAGUAGCUCCUAAAUGUGUAGCUUUCUUAAUUCCAUAGAUUUUUGUUCCGCUUCAAUAUUUAAAUUUAUUAAUUUGUAAUAUAUGUUUCAUAGCUA